CCGACAAGUCUCCUCCCCCCCCCCUUUCUUGCUUCUUCAAGCCCCAGGCCAGCCCUGGUCAAGCAGCUGACUCGCCAACACCGCCGUCACAAUGAAGGCCAGCCUCUUCUUCCUCGCGGCCUCCACGGCCCUCGCCGCGCCCCUCGAGAGCGUCCCUCCCGUCGUCCGCAGCGAGGUGGGAGCCUUCCCCAUCGCCGAGCUCGAGGCCUACUACAACGCUGCCUACUCCGUCAAGCCCCAGGAGGCCGACGCUCUUCACCCGACCAUUUCCAAGCGUCAGUACAACGGCGACACCUUCAACCAGCUCACCGACGGCACCCCCUGCCGUAAGGUCACCCUGAUCUGGGCCCGCGGCACCACCCAGUCCGGCAACGUCGGUGAGGCGGGCUCCGAGGGACCUGUCUUCUUCAACGCUCUCGCUUCGCGCGUCGGAGCUUCGAACUUGGCUGUCCAGGGCGUCGACUACCCUGCCAGCAUCUUUGGCUUCCUCGCCGGCGGUGAUGCGGGUGGCAGCACCACCAUGGCCAACCUGGUCGCCCGCGCCGUGACCCAGUGCCCCAACACCAAGAUCGUCCUCUCCGGAUACAGCCAGGGCGGUCAGCUCGUUCACAACGCCGCGGCCAAGCUGACGGCGGCCCAGACCAACCGGAUCUCUGCCGUUCUCAUCUUCGGCGACCCAUUCGACGGCCAGCGCGUGGGCAACAUUCCCGCGUCCAAGGUCAAGGUCAUCUGCCACGACGGCGACAACAUCUGCGACGGCGGCAUCAUCAUCACCGCCGACCACCGCAACUACGAGCAGGACGCCCCCGCGGCCGCUGCUUUUGUUGCUGGUCUGGUUGCGUAAGAGCUUCGCCAAAGUGACAAACUCCAAAAAAAAGGGGGUGGGGGAGGAGGAAGGGUUGGAAGCUGGCUGCUGUAAUCCCCUUUACGUACUUAAUGACUGAGACGAUGAAUCGACCGAUUACGA